AUGGCUCAGUAUAGAACCCUAGAUCAGCUAGACCUAGAGCCGCAACGCAACAACACUGGCUCAGGGACCAACAGUGAGGUCCCACUGCCUCGAUGGGCACGAUUCGGCGACAAGGUGACACCGUGGAGCUCUCCAUCGACUAGGUCCCUCGUCUCAGCACUCCCACGCUUUCUGCAACCCGGCGGAAUCAAGCAUCGCACUAUCGGGCCCACAAGCUAUCUUGAUGCUCUGCGUGGAUAUGCAGCCGUCAUCGUCUUCAUCUCUCAUGCAUUCAACACCGAAAAGCUUAGCUGGCGGAACCAGCCGUUGAUCGGUCUUUUCUUUCAAGGUACCGGCAUGGUGGCAUUGUUUUUCAUCAUCUCUGGCUACGUGCUGGGCUAUCGCCUUCUUAUCUUGAUCCGGCGACGAGAGUUUGAACGACUCCUCGAUGCACUGGCCUCCUCCACCUUCCGAAGAUACCUCCGACUUUACCUUUCCUCGAGCAUCGGCAUCAUCCUCACUUUUCCACUGGUCCGGUAUAGAUGGUACAAUGGGAUGAUCGUGCCCCUCUACAAGAACGGAUUCCGGGAACAACUGAAUGACUGCAUAUACGAUGCAAUCCGAUUUUGCAACCCUUUUGCCAAUGGUAUUCAAGGUUGGGUCGGCGCGGGAAACUUCUCGCCAAAGUAUCUCGGGGUUCUGUGGACCAUACCAGUCGAGUAUCGCGGAAGUGUGGCACUCUUCGUUUUUUGUCUUGCUGCUUGCAAGCUCGCUACACGGUCACGAAUGGUGCUUUUGUGGGCUCUUAUUCUCAUCUGCUACUUCUGGCAGGCAGUCUACAUAUCAGAGUUCUUUGCUGGAUUAUGGAUCGCGGAUUAUUCUUUGAGUCGUCACCCAGAGCGGAUUCAGGGAAGAGGGGGAAGAGAAGAGGCAGCUAGUAACUCGGGUGGAGAUCGAAUCACAGGUGCAACGAUGCUAUCACUUCAGCCAGUUCCAGAGGCUAAAUACAUGGCAAGAUGGCAAUCAGACCGUUCGAUUCUGCUUUCGAAGAUCGGGCAUGUAACACUUCUCGUGGGUGGACUUAUCCUUCUCGGCCAGCCUAACCACGGUGACACACUUGGCAUUUGGGGUACGUUCCCGUGGCGCUUUCUCAUCUCCCUCUAUCCUUCAUGGUGGGAAGAAUCGGGUCACCACGUUUUCUGGUUCGGCCCUGGUGCAUUUAUGGUCAUAUACUCAUUGGAGUUCUACCCUGGCACUGCCCUUAGGCAGCCUCUGCAUUGGCCUAUAAGUCAGUACAUCGGUGAUCUAUCAUUCGGCCUCUAUGUGGUACACUCUCCGCUUGUACUUGCAGUUUUGUGGAAUCUCAUGCAUCCAUUGCGGCAUCGGUACCUGGGCGACACUGGGUAUUUGGCAUUUCUGCCCGGCGUUUUAGUUACGACAUUGGUUUGUUUUACUGCUGCGGACUACUUUACAAGAAUUGAUACCAAGGUCGUACAAUUCUCACGGUGGUUACAACGGAGACUGUUUGCCGCAUGA